AUGGUUCCCUGGCGGACUGCAUUCUUCGCCGCGCUAUUGGCGCUCGUGGCAUACAACUUCACCACGCCUUAUUCGCCUUCCAACUUGGAGCCCACACUUGCUGGGAAGGUUGCAAUUGUGACUGGCGGAAGCCGUGGCAUUGGCAAAGGUAUUGCAAUCGGCCUCGGCGAGGCGGGUGCGACAGUCUACAUCACAGGCCGCACUCUGUCGCCGACAUCGACAAAUACUGGUGGCCCAGGUGGGAAGCCGCAAAAGGGCAGCUUAGAAGAGACCUGCGCAGAAGUGGAGAAGGCCGGCGGGAAGUGCAUCCCUGCGGCAGUCGACAACGGAGAUGACAAUCAACUCGCCUCCUUUCUGGACAAGGUUGUCCAGGAGCAGGGGCGUAUUGACAUCCUUGUUAACAACGCCUUCAGCGCGGUGAGUCAACUUCCGAAGACUGUGGGUAAGCCCUUCUGGGAGAAAGGACCUGAGAUGUGGGACAUCGUGAAUAAUGUGGGUCUGCGCUCACACUACAUUGCUAGCACGCACACCGCCCAACACAUGACGAAGGCGAAGUCGGGCCUCAUUGUCAACGUUGGAUCAUUUGGCGGCCUCGGUUACAUUUUCGACGUUGCCUACGGGAUUGGCAAAGCAGCUAUGGAUCGUAUGGCGCACGACAUGGCUAUCGAGCUGGCAACUGAUAAUGUUACUAUGGUGUCGCUUUGGCCGGGACUGGUAGCCACAGAGAACGUGGCUGAUGGCGCCAUCUCCGGCACCGCCGAGAGACGGGGUGCGGCACCAGGGCCAAAGUUCGAGCCCACGCCCCUGAUGGGUAGCCCCCUGGCUGAGACGCCACUGUUCGUAGGACGCACCGUGGCAGCACUGGCCCGAGACCGCAGCAAGUUUGAUCUCACUGGCAAG